AUGCCGGCAGACUCAGCACAAGAAUUUUUGAGCUUCGUGCUACACCUGCCGCCUUCGCUCAAUCCUUACGAGGCCACAGCCGAAAAAAUGAGGCAACUAACUGAAAUUCACGCGCCUCCUCUAUGGGCACGCAUCAUCCGACGAAUCAUCACAAUCCAAUUUAUCAUAUUAUGUGCUCAAUGCUUUACAGUUUUGUGGCUGAGAAAGAAAGCAAACCAACUGAAAUUUUUCAGAUUUAACAAACUUGGGUUGAUUCAUAUCGAGGUUCUCAAUGAAAUUGUCCUAUCUAUGUUCAUAUUCUCCGCGCUCUGCGCCUUUGAUCUAGGGACUGAAGAAUUAGUUGAACUACGUCUUUUGGAUUUUUCCAAUAAAUUUGUUGUGCGCACAAGCAAGUUCCUGGUAACCGGGAAUGUUUUUUGCUGUUUGUUAAUUGGAUACUGCCACUGGUAUUUUACCUUGGUCAGGAUGUUUUUGUGGAUAUCUGGUAUCGAAGCGGCAAUGGCUUUCACAUCGUUGAGAGCACGAGCUCGCGCAGGAUCGUCUAUCAGACAAUCACUGUUUGUCAGAUGCGCUGCAAACGGCUCGCUCCUGGCCAUCUUGACUAUUCCAAGUGCUGUUAUACUAUGGCUGUCUGUCAGAGCCGCCUUAAACUUGAGGGCAAUCGAAAUAGCUACUAAGAAGAUCAUCUCUGGCCUUCUCAAAGCAGCACCAACCUAUCAACCCCACACUUAUCAAUUGAUGAAACUUCUUGAAAUUCUGAAGCCGGCAGAAGGGUUUGCUAUUCACAUGCAACAUCUCCUUUACGACACGAGAGUCAUUGUGCUGAUGUUUUUGGUGUUCCAUCUGGUAGUAACAACCCUUCACUUGCCAACUUCGGUGCUGGCCUUGCGUGGUAUCCGCAACCAUAUUUCUCCCGCGAGGGCUCCAAAGAAAGGAGCCCAAGAAGAUCCCGCGCUGGGAUAUCAGACCUCAAUGAUGAACCGCAUGAACGAUGGACCUGCUCAGGAAAGAGCAGCCCUGGAAAGCGUUAGAAAACGGCUUGUCAUAUAUUCUGGCUUGGUCUACUUGGAUACCGUUUUGUAUUGUCCACUCCUAGCGUACAUGUAUUCCUACAAAGGGGCCGAAUUUCUUGAUAAUGCGACUUGGAUGGUUGUGGAACAAAUCGGAACGCAUGCGCACACCGCCAUUGUUGGAAAUAUAAUUUUAGCCGUGCUGAUCCAGAACACAAUGUAUACAACCGGCAACACCGUGACCGGCAAAGCAUCAGAGCAUCACAUUGUUGUUGAGCAGGGAGCCUGUAAAGUUGGGUUUGUUUGUCAACCAACAAAGAGUGAAGAAUUCGAUUUGCAAGUGAGAAGUGUGAUAUAA